AGUGCGCCCUUGUUUCGAAUGACGUGUGGUGAUGACGGAUUUCGCCCUUACGUUCGACACCGGAUCGGCACUUUGGUGAGACUUGCGCAUCUGGCCGAGAAACCGAAAAAUGUUUGCCACCAUUGAUAGUGGAUUCGGUGCGGAGGCUAAGAAAUGGUCGUACGACGAGAAGCGGAAAUAGAGGGCAAAUCAUGGAAAGUCAGUCAGUGCUGUGUCCGUGUUAAAGUCGCCAAUCAGCGGUUGUGAUCGCCUGCGAGAACACGGAAUUGUAAAAUACGAAAAUCUUGUAAAACAAUCCAGACAAGUGAAUGAUUGAGACAGUGAUAAGCGAACGAGUUUCUAGCAGCAUUGCAGAAGCAGGCGAAGAGAAAACCAUGUCACAUUUCCCCUUUCGAGGCUCGCCUUCCGCUCAGAGUACAACGCCGACCGUUCCGUCUGCACCCUCAUCCCCACCGACGGCACCGGUAGCAAUGGCGGUGACGACGACAGUGCCUCCCAGCGCACGCAGCUCCUCGCCCUGCUCCGCCACCUCGGGUCCACCAACGUCCGGCCCGGCCGGGGGACGCUGCUGCGAUACGGGGCGUCCCAUCUUCACCGAUCCCAUCUCCGGCCAGACCGUGUGCUCCUGCCAGUACGAUCUCAUCAACUACCAGCGGCUGGCCAGUGCCGGUAUCGGCGGUCCGGGCGGAGUCCCUUUAUCGAUGUACAGUGCACCGUACUCACCGGAAACGAUGGCAGCCUACUUCCCGGCCAUCGGAGCCGACCAGCCUCCGUUCUAUGCAAAUCCAGCAGCGGCGGGAAUCGACUUGAAGGAAAACCUAGCAGCAGGUGGCGCACCAUGGCCUUACCCUUCCGUGUAUCAUCCAUACGAUGCCGCUUUCGGCUAUCCAUUCAAUUCGUACGGCAUGGAUUUGAAUGGUGCCCGACGAAAAAACGCAACUCGCGAAACGACAAGCACACUAAAGGCCUGGCUCAACGAGCACAAAAAAAAUCCCUACCCAACCAAAGGCGAAAAGAUCAUGCUGGCCAUCAUUACGAAGAUGACCCUCACGCAGGUGUCGACGUGGUUUGCGAACGCGAGGCGGCGACUGAAAAAGGAAAACAAGAUGACGUGGGAGCCUCGGAACCGCGUCGAAGACGACGACGUCAACCUGGACGAUGACGACGACGACAACAAGAGCUUAAAGGACGAUAAAGAAAUACUAGACUCCAAAGAUUCCGGCACCGGUUCGAGUGAAGACGGUGACAGGCCGUCGCGGUUAGAUCUGCUUGACCGUCCGGGCGGUAGUGAGUGGAACGGUUCGCGCAACGGAAGUGGCCCCAACUCGCCGGAUAUCUACGACCGGCCCGGUGUUGGCCACCACCCACUACUGCACCCCUCGCACUUCCCCGCACACCUGAGGCCUGCCAUCGCGACCCCACCGGACGUGACCCUGACGCCGAGCGGCAGCACAAAUCCUAGCAAACCGCGCAUCUGGUCACUGGCCGACAUGGCCAGCAAAGAGAAUAAGGACUCCGAGUCAAUCUCACCGACAGCUGGCGGCUACCCGUCGCCCGGCAAGAUACCUGUGACGCCCCUAGCCGGCCGUGGGCUUAACCCGCUGCACCAUCACCCGUACAUGCGGCCCGACUUUUACAGGAACCUCUACGGGCACCAUCUGGGCCCCGGGUCGCCGGAAGUGUCUUUGCUCGAAUCGUACCAGCGAACGUUCGGGGCCACCAUCGGUGCCCACAACGGGCUCCCCGUCGGCAUCAACCCGCUAAUAUCGAAAGCCUCCGGUAGCGCGCCCCCGUUCGCACCGCUCAGUCUUACCACCGGGAACCAUCAGCACCUGCAGACCGCUCCACCGCCCGGAGCGUCCCCUGCAUCCAGUACCUCCAGCAACGGGCCGGAAAACUUGACUCCGGUAUCCUUAGGCAGCUCGUUCCCAGCUGCCACGGGCACUAGCGAAAAGUUAAUCAACGUAGUGGCCAACAGCUCUAAACCUUGACCGAUGGCGAUCAAGUGAAUGUGUAAGGAGCAUCGAGACCACCACAC